AUGGACCCAGCCACAGCCCACAGACGUCUAGGUGUGAUGGGAGCUGUUCCCUGGCUCCCUCUAGUCCUCCUCUGCGGCUGCAGCCACUUCCAGAGCUCAGAUGCGGCUUCCAGCCUGCGCCCAGAGAUCAUCACCCCCCUGAAGCCCGUGAAAAGUCCCACCCUAGGGAAACGCUUCAGUGUCAGCUGCCAGGCUCAGAGCCCCUUCCCGAGGAUGACCCUCAUCUACUGGCUGGCAAACGGCUCCUUCGUGGAGGACCGGUACCCGGACGGGGCAGUGAGCAAAGGGGACGUCGUAAGGGAGCCCAGGGGCACCAAGGUCCUCCUGACCCGGGAGCUGCACUUCCGCUCCUUCUCCUGGAGGGACUGGAGCACCUCGUUCCUGUGCAUGGUGAGGAACCCGGCCGGGCUCGAAAAGGUGCUUGUCCGCUGGGACCCCGAACGGCCAGCACAGAUCUCCGAGCCGCAGCAGGAGACAAGGCAGGAUGUCCAGACCCCAGAGAGCACCCCCACCAUGGACCGGUGA